AAGUUUGUGAGUGAAAAGUGAUGCUCAAGCACAUUGAAUGUUGAUGUUUUCUUUUUCUACUACAUCUGGUUAACAUGUUUUCAAAUUAGUAACUUACCCGAUAAUGGCCAAUGAUUUUGUUAAUUUAACGUUUAUUUUUAUUGUUAUUUGUUGGACUAUUGGUUUAAUUAGUUGUGAAACAUAUCCAAGUCCUGAAAAAUUAGGUUUUGCUUAUGAAUUUAAGAUACAUAUUGAUGCAAGUAAGGAAGAAUGUUUCUAUCAAAUGGUUCAAGCUCAGUCAACCCUCUACGUGGCAUUUCAGGUUAUGAGAGGAGGUGAUAGUAAAGCUGGCUUCUUAAUCAGAGAUCCAACUGGAGCAACAAUCCUUCCUUACAAGUGGUCUGAGAAUGCUGAACAUGAAGAAUCUUCAGUACAUAAUGGAGGUUAUUACCAAUUCUGUAUUGACAAUUCACUCUCCAGGUUUGCCUCUAAAUUGGUUAGUCUUUAUGUAGCGUCUUACAAAAGAGAUGAAUGGGAUAAAUAUAUAUCUGAACUGACAGCCAACGAUGUAGCAGUUUCAAAUUUCACGGCUUCUUUAUCAAAUGUUGACAAAAAUAUUGGAACCAUGUUGAAGAGUUUAGAUCAAUCUCGUCGUCAUCAUUCUCAUGAUUGGUAUUUAGUAGAUGGUAACAAUCGUUAUAUUCAAAAUUGGUCUAUAGCUCAAUGCCUGAUUAUCGUAUUAUCAUCUGUUGUUCAAGUAUUUGCUGUUAAGAGAUUUUUUACUGCAGAUGAAAAAUCAUCAUCUAAAGGCAAACCAAGAGCUUAAAAGUAUUCGCUAUCAGCUGGAUCCAUUACAAGUUCCGAGCUGCUUCUCUGUUCUUUCUAUUGCCUUUCCGUAUUUUUUUCCUCCAAUUUUGUGUAAAUGAACCAUUUAAAUCAUUGAUUAUUUUUAUUUAUUA